GUGUCUCAGGGAUGAACUUAGUGAGAAGCCAAAUGUGUUUCUGACCACCAGUUGGAGAACACAGUGAAGCUACAGUAUCUGCAGCUAUGAGAAACAGAAAGCAGGAGGAGACCCUUCAAUUUUUUACAGGCUUUGUCUUUAGUCUUGUUUUGACCUCAUCAGCAUUCACUACAGGUCAGAUCAGGUUGACAGGGCGAGGAUCAACUCAGUGCUCUGGAAGGGUUGAAGUUUUCUAUAUCUAUUCCUGGGGAACAGUCUGUGAUGAUGAGUGGGACAUAACUGAUGCUAAUGUGGUUUGUCGACAGCUGGACUGUGGUCCAGCUCUCAGUGUAGUUGGUUCUGCUCACUUUGGUCAAGGACUUGGACCAAUCUUGCUUGAUGAUGUUCGGUGCUCAGGAGAUGAAAGCUCUCUAACCAGCUGUGCACACAAAGGUUAUGGGAAACACAACUGUGGUCAUGGUGAGGAUGCUGGUGUGAUCUGUUCAGAAUCUGCGAUCAGACUGACUGGAUCAACUUUCUGCUCUGGAAGAGUUGAGAUCAAACACGACGGCCAAUGGGGAACAGUCUGUGACAACGGCUGGGAUCUAUCUGAUGCUCAGGUGGUCUGCACACAGUUAUCCUGUGGUUCAGCAUUAAAUGCCACUUCAUCAGCAGUUUUUGGUGAAGGAACUGGCCAAAUCUGGCUUGAUAAAGUGAAUUGUAUAGGAAGUGAAAGCGCUCUAAUUAACUGUCAGCAUUCAGGGUUUGGGACACACACGUGUAAUCACACUGAGGACGCUGGUGUGGUCUGCUCAGGUCCGGUCAGGUUGGCAGGUCCUGGAUCAACUCGGUGCUCUGGAAGGGUUGAAGUUUUAUUUAGAUAUACCUGGGGAACGGUCUGUGAUGACGAGUGGGGCAUAGAUGAUGCUAAUGUGGUUUGUAGACAGCUGGGCUGUGGUACAGCACUCAAUACAACGCGUUCUGCAUACUUUGGUCAAGGAGAUGGACCAAUCUGGCUUGAUGAUGUUCGGUGCUCAGGAAAUGAAAGCUCUCUAACCAGCUGUGGACACAAAGGUCAAGGGAAACACAACUGUGGUCAUGGUGAGGAUGCUGGUGUGAUCUGUUCAGACUCUGUUAUCAGAUUGGUUGGAUCAACUUCCUGCUCUGGAAGAGUUGAGAUCAACCACGACGGCCAAUGGGGAACAGUCUGUGACAACGGCUGGGAUCUAUCUGAUGCUCAGGUGGUCUGCAGACAAUUGAACUGUGAUGCAGCAUUAAGUGCCACUUCAUCAGCUGCUUCUGGUCCAGGAACAGGUCAAAUCUGGCUUGACCAUGUGAACUGUACAGGAAGUGAAAGCGCUCUAACCAACUGUCAGCAUCCAGGGUUUGGGACACACAAGUGUAACCACAAUCAGGACGCUGGCGUGGUCUGCUCAGCGAAUUUUCCACAGCCCAGGAUCUCUAUUAGCCCUGCUGGUUUGGUCACCUGGGGUCAGCAAGUCAACAUCACUUGUUCUACUGCAGCUGCACCUUUAAGUGGAACAUUUAUACUCCUACGGACAUCAGGAUCAUUCAGAAUGACUCAGUCAUCAGAUUCCAACUCUGUUACCUUCAACAUCCCUAAAGUGACCAGCGAUCAUCAUGGAGAAUUUUGUUGUCGGUAUGAGACAAAGAUGUCAAACCAAACCUUCCUCAGUAGCUCUGUUAAUCUUAGAGUGAACCUUCCAAAGCCCAACAUCUCUAUAAGCUCUGCUGCUGAGGUCAUCUGGGGUCAACAACUCAUCAUCACUUGUUCUGUUGAAGCUGCACCUUUAAGUGGAACAUUUAUCCUCCAAAAGACUUCAGGAUCACAGCAAAUGAUUCAGCCAUCAGUUUCCUCCUCUGCUACCUUCAACAUCUCUAAAGUGACUCUGGAUCAUGAUGGAGAAUUCAAGUGUCAGUAUCAGAAAAGGAUGUUAAGCCAAACAUUGACCUCUCCAUACAGUGACUUUGUUCGAGUUACUGUGAACCUUCCCAAGCCCCUCAUCUCUUUUAGCCCUGCUGCUGAGGUCACCUGGGGUCAGCAAGUCACCAUCACUUGUUCUGUUACAACUACACAAGUUCAUUCUGGAAUAUUUACGCUCCAAAAGACUUCAGGCUCGUUCAGAAUGACUCAGUCAACAUAUUACGGCCUUUCUUCCUUCUUCAUCAAAACUGUGACCCUGGAUCAUGAUGGAGAAUUCCUGUGUCAUUAUCUGUCAAGGGAAAGAUACUCCUCAGUCCGUGGUGACUCUGUUCGUUUUACUGUGAAUCUGGAGAGGCCCAACAUUUCCCUGACAUCCCCAGAUGGAGGGUUGGUCUGGGGUCCAGGAGGAGCAGAGGUUACCAAGGGUUACGGCCUCUCCUUCACUUGCUCCAUUGACCCCAGAUAUCCUCAGGGAGAUUUCUCUCUCAUCUUCUCUGGCUCCAACAUCAGAGAAACCAGGCCAGCAGUCAAACACUCAGCCUCCUUUAACUUCCCAGCUGCUAAGUUUGAACACCAGGGCAGCUACAGCUGUGUGUAUGAGGUUACCAUGGCUACACAGACGUUCAGUUCUGCUCAGGCAGAACCCAUUAGUCUGGCUCUUAAACCCUCUUCACGGGUGCUGGUUUCCUCAGUCAUCUGUGGAAUCCUGCUGCUGGUCCUGCUGGUGUCUCUAGCAGUCUGCCUGGGCGUCAGGGGGAAACUUUGCUCUGAACGGUUCAUACCGUCUGGCCAAAACCAAAUGUCUUUCCAGCACUUAAUCACACAAGACCACGAGAAUGAUUGUGAUGACUUUAAUCAACAAUAAUGUCAAGCAGACCCUGAUCUGAGACGAUUCAGUGGUGUAGAGGAUAACUGAGAAGCAGAACAAAGAUCUGAAGAAGACGAAGAAAGCAUGGAGGAUGAAGACGAUGACUAUGUGAAUGUUGAUAUGAAUUCUAAAAGAGCUAUUUAGUAAAAAAAAAAAUUGACAAUUUGUAAUAGAUUACAUGUUUGAUCUGCAGUGAAGUACAUUAUGGCAUGUUUACUUAUGUAUUUGCAGCAAAGGCCUGCAAGGUCUAAACGCUAUCAGAAUCGCUAACAUAUAUCUGCAACCUAAAGUAAUACUUUACACAAAAUUGCUUGAUUAAAUUUUAGUAAUUCACAUCCAAUAGUCUAUUGCCAUUUUUUAAAUAACGUUUCUCUUGGCUAUGCGUUUGGUAAUAUUCAUAUUUCAUAUGAAUUCUAACAUACAGUAUAUUAAUAUGAAUAUGAAUAUUUUAAAUGCACAAUGACAGGAGCAGACUGAGUUGAGCUCUCCACGCUAGUCCAGUAGAAGCAAAUAGGUUUUGUCUUCUGCUGUGAUUUGUCUGGAGGAUUUGUGGGCAGUAAAGUGGCUCUCAUGUCGACUCUUUAUUUACGCACUUUCUGCAUUCGAGAGCAAAGUCGUUGAUCUGAUUGCUUAAACCCGGCCACCACAUUGUCUGACGGGCAUGUCGGCUGCAUGUAACCUAUCUUGGAAACAUUUGUGCAUCUUUUCCAAAACUGAGUUUCUUAAGUUAGCAGGAACCACUAACCUCCAAGUAUUAAACCCAGUACAGCUCUAUCAGGCCAGUAGCGCUUCGCUGCUCCCUCAAACUGGUUCCGAUCCGGCCAGCCUUCCACACUGGACAUCACUUGAGAGGUCAUGAUGUACAGCUUUCUGCUUGUAGGGAGACCUUUUAGUAGAGAUUCUUCAUAAAUAUUAGUGUCUUCCAUAAGAUCUGUGUCUGUGUGGGAAAUAGAUUCUUUUUUUCAACUUUUAAAAUGUAUUGAUAUACUCCACCUACUUGUGUGCAUUUCAUUUAGUUCAUAUCUUUUACCAUUUCCAUUAAAAUCCCUCUUCAGCUUCA